AUGUUCCUUCUAUUAAUUUAUAAUCCUUUGGCUUUUCUCUUCACCGAAAAUUCGACAAAUUCUUCAAAUUUUGGAGGAGAUUUGCAGGAAAACACGGCUAUUUUUGGAAGACAUCGAACUUUGACGGGGGAUGAUUUUUUUGUUAAAGACAAUACAAACAAAAUCCCCUUUCCUUCUCAAUCCUAUGUUUCUGUUAAUUCUUUUGAACAUUGGCCUAAUUCGUCUUUACUACGGCAUUCACUUAUAUGGCUGUUAAAUUGUUUGUUUGUUUUUGCGAUACUGAAUCGUUUAUUGGUGUCGGGGGAACCGGUUGCCGAUCGUCGAUCUCCUCGCUGGGGAACUUUUAUCCAAAGCCGGCGGAAGGCAGCACAAGCUGUAGCUGCUGGUAACUGGAAAGAGGCACAACGUUGUUUGGGGGAAUCAUUACAGAUUUUGGAACGUCCAUUACCCUCAUCUGGCGGUCUAGACGAGUGGAUGUCUCUCAUUUGGCAGAUAAUUCGUCAUUUAUUAAACGUUCUCUGGAUUGGCCGUUGGUUUGCCCGUCGUCGUCGUUCCAGCCUCCAGACACAAAAAUCCGUUUGUCGAAGUCAUGCAGCAACCUCGAUGGUUUACAAUCAGUUACAUCAAUUGCAUUUAUUAGGAGUGGAUGGGAUUGGGUUGACACAACGAGGGGCCCUCAACAUAGCUUUGUUGGCGGCAAAUCUUGCCGAAGUGAAAACUUUUCCGAAAAAAAUUUUUAUAAUUUUUCUUCAGUCAGCCGGAUCAUCUGCAAUAUCACACGCACUUAGAGCUGAAAUGUAUGCAUGUGCUGCUAUCCGUUGUAGAUUAUGCUUACCGCGGUGGUUGCGCUUGCCUAUAGCAGGCUAUUUCUUUAGGAGAGCAAAGUGA